GGCAGGGGGGCCUCCAGGACAGGUUUGGGAAGCACUGAUCUAGCCAAUAUCUUUCCAAUAAACAGCUUGAUAAGAUCUAUAAAAAUAAAUUCAAUGUCAUCUACCUUGAAACAUGCAAACUAACACGAGGCGUGUCUGAGUGUGAUUGAGGAAGAUUACAAUCAUAUAUUAGAGCAGGUGUUGCUAAACGUUUCAGCAGUUUUGUUCAGAACUGCUCUUUACUCCAUGUGGCUCUAAGCAGAUGAAUCAAGCAAAGAAGUGGAUGAUUCUUUCCAUCAUGGAAAUAAAUUUUAUAACUUUCUCUUCCUGUGCACAGAUUAUGAUCCUGGUACGUCUAGCAUGCAGGUGUUCAGCAGUUGAAUCUCUGUAUUGUGCUGUUUCAUCCCCUUCACUCAGCACUCCAGUUUCUGUCCAUUCUCUGAGGCCAGCUGAUGUGUCUGUGGUAUCUGCACUGGUUUUGUCCAAUGUGAAGAGAUCUGAUGAAAUUAGAGCCCUGAACAUGCUAUCUGAAAUAUUGUUCACCUUUAACCCAAAUGUGUCAACUGUUGUACCUGAACAAAGAAGCUUAAUGGAUAAAGCAGAAUACAUGGAGUCACUCAGCAGCCCCACUCAGUGGAAAUUGCUCCUGCUCUUUAUACCAGUCGAUGAGAUAUCUGUGUGUACAGACCAGGACUUGAGUGCAACCAUUGAUGCAACAGUAAAUAGAGUGGAACAGACACUGGACUCUCUUCAUAAGAAGUUGAAACGUACACUGGUUCAUGUUGUUGUUUGGAGUGGACUGUCACAUGACCGAGUGUGUCAAUGUGAGGAAGAAUGUGAUGAAGACAGACACAGACUGGAUACUAUAGUGCUCAUGGCUGUAUUGCAGAAAUCUGUCAGUGCUCUUCUAGAGAGAAGAGGCUGGUUUGGUGACCGGAAAGAUUUCAGCGUAAUGCUUCAAUCCAGUCCAGUGUACACCGAACUGUCAAACCCAAUGAAAGCCUCUACAUCUAACUCCUCACGUGACAUAAGAUUGUUGACUUUACAGCUCUGGACUAAUUUGCUGCAGCCAAUGACAGAUAAGACUGAGAUGAAUGGGCGGGGCAUAUUCACCAUUCCAUGCCCCACAGUGAAAAAUCCAUUUUUGCGAACACAGAAAAACUCAUACUCGCCUGAGCUCGUUAACUCCCAAACAGAGGAAGCCUCUCCACUUCUCCACCCAGUGAUGGGGAGUGAGCUCACCUGUGAGGACAGGUCUCCAUCUCCCAGCAUCCCUACCUCAGUCCAUGCCUUACGGCCAGCAGAUAUCAAAGUGGUGGCAGCAAUGGGCAAAUCUUUGACGGCAGCCAAUGGGGUGGGUGCUGCACAACACAAUCUUCUGGGUGUGCUUACAGAGUAUCGCGGCCUGUCAUGGAGCAUUGGUGGAGAUGAGAACCUCACAACUACAACCACUUUACCAAAUAUAUUGAGAGAGUUUAACCCUUCAAUCACUGGGUAUUCAGUGGGAAAAGGAAGUGAGAAUUCUGCACAGAGUUUUCUGAACCAAGCAAGACCAGGAGCCACAUCUGAUGAUAUGGUCACGCAAGCUCAAGCUGUCAUUAAAAGAAUGAAAGAAGACUCGCAAAUUGAUUUUCAGAAUGACUGGAAGAUUAUCACAGUCUUCAUUGGAGGAAAUGACAUAUGCGCCCACUGCUCUGAUACUCGGUACUAUUCUCCUGAUAACAUUGUGAAGUAUAUCCGUGAGGGUUUGGACAUAUUACAUAAAGAGGUCCCUCGUGCCCUAGUAAACCUAGUGGAGCUCCUGGAUAUAAUUCCACUGCGCCGCCUCCAUCAGGACCCCACUCUUGGCUGCCCCACCUGGCUGGUCAACUGUAACGUGAUGCUGUUUUAUUCUCAGCGUGGUAUGAGGGAGUUGGUGGAGUCUGGGCGAUAUGACACUCAUGAUAACUUCACAGUGGUCCUACAGCCAUUCUUCAGAAAUGUGUUUCUCCCGGUGCUGGAGGAUGGGAGACCUGACCGUUCCUAUUUCUCUCCAGACUGUUUUCAUCUCAGUCAGAAAGCUCACACGCUCAUGGCUCGGGCUCUCUGGAAUAACUUGAUGGAGCCUUUAGGUAAUAAGACAGAUAGGGAAGAUUUUACUGCAGGUGUCCCUCUUAAAUGCCCAGAAAAGUCAUCCCCCUAUUUGAGGACCUAUCACAACAGCAAUUACACAUACAAUACCCCUCCUCCUACUCCCCCACCUGCAAAUAAUUGGGGAAGUGAUUUCUCAUGUGUGGACACAGCGCCCUCUGACACUGUCCCAACAUCUGUUCACAGGCUGCAUCCAGGUGACAUUAAAGUGGUGGCGUCUCUGGGAGAUUCAAUCACUGCCGGCUUUGGUGCAAAAGCUGAAAACCUUCUGCAGUUAACGGAUGAGGAGCGAGGGGUUUCCUGGAGCAUUGGUGGAGAUAAUACUUUGGAGACUGUCACCACAUUGCCUAACAUUCUUAAGAAAUUCAAUCCAAAUGUUUUCGGCUUCUCAAAGGGGAAAAGUAAGCGACCAAAUGGCUUCAAUAUGGCAGUGAGCGGUGCCAAAGCAAGUAAUAUACCAGCACAAGUGAGGGAUUUUAUCACAGCUUUAAAGAAUAGCACGAAAGUGGACUUUGAGAAGGAUUGGAAACUGGUGACACUAUUUAUUGGGGGAAAUGACCUUUGCCAGUACUGUCAGGACCGGGCUUCUCUGUCUCCAUCUAAAUACAUCAGUCACAUCAGAGACGGUCUGGAUAUGCUGUACAAUGAGGUUCCCAGAGUGCUGGUAAAUUUUGUUGGAAUCUUAGAGAUUGGGGAUCUGCGAAUGAUAAAGAGGAACACACUGGGCUGCAGUCUCCUGCAAGAGAACGUGUGUCCAUGUUUUCUGGAACCUCGUGAGAACUCUCCAGAAAUGAAUGAAAUGAAGAAGGUCAACAGAGAUCUGCAGAUGGAGACUGAAAGGCUGGUGUAUGGGGGAAGGUAUGAUGGAAGACAGGACUUUGCAGUGGUGCUACAGCCCUUCUUAAAGAACACUGUUGUUCCAGUGGUCGAGGAUGGCACACCAGACCUGACUUUCUUCUCUGUGGACUGUUUUCAUUUCUCUGAGCGCGGACAUGCAGCAGUGGCAGUUGCGCUCUGGAACAACAUGCUAGAGCCUGUGGACCGUAAACAAACCUACAAUAAUUUCGCAUAUGACCGCAGUGAUAUCCAUUGUCCCACAAAGGAGCAUCCCUUCAUCUUCACACGAAUAAACAGUGGCUCUGUCGUACCCACCACAGUUGCACCAGGCACCCCUCUCCCUGCAGACUGAUCUAAUAAGACUAAAAACAACAAUGUGUUUAUAUAAUAAAACAAUUAAAUAAAAUAUUGUGUCAUGUGUUUAAC